GGAGACCACGCAACGAGAUCGCUUCGAUGCGUUUCCUACCAUUUAAUUUCCCAUCGGAGUAUCGGAGAACUCGCACUCGCUCUCGGCCCGCGUACCGCGUACGAUCGUCCAUCGAAUCGAUCGGAAAACCAUGCGAAAAACCGUGAAAAUCUCGUAGUGUUUCGCAGCGCCGUUCGCGAUGGGUAGCCCCAGCCAGUGCCACUAUUGCGGUACGACAUUGUGGAUGUUCAUGGGCGUCGGUACGACGUUCGGCACGAUCGUGGGCAACGUAUUGACUCUGUUCGCGAUAUUGCUCAGCAAAAAACUGUCGUCGAUGAUGGCGAAUUAUUUCGUGUUCAGUUUGGCCGUCAGCGAUCUGAUGGUUGGGCUCUCGUUGCCCUAUCACAUGCUUUUCUACACGCUCGACGACUUCGGUAGCUUGAAGUACGCCUGUCUGCUGCGCUUCGUGUUGAUUUCCUUCGCCAGUUCGAGCUCCAUAUGCAAUUUGUUGUUCAUAGCCAUGGAUAGGUAUUUGGCCAUAGUGUAUCCGUUGCAUUACGCUAGAUUCAUGGUGAAGAAUCGCGCUGUGAGUUUGAUAGCAGUGGGCUGGGCGAUGUCUUUUACCACGGCCUUCGUUCCCAUCAUAUGGAACGAAUGGAAGGAGGGUGUAAGCUGCGAAAUCGUCAACGUUUUCCCCAGCAAUUUCCUGCAAUUCAUACUGUUGCCCAUGUUCUCGCUGGUUUGGACCACCAUGCUGCUGCUGUAUACCAGGAUAUGCCAGGAGGCGUCCGGGCAACAGAAGAAAAUUGCGGUGUCUGGUAAUUUGCACCAAACGAAAUCGUUUCAGAUGACCUUAGUAAUCCUCGGCUGUUUCACGAUAUGCUGGCUACCGUACUUCAUCAUCGUCAUCUACAUAAGAACGACGAAGAACGACGAAACGGCCACGUUGUACGAGGUCUUCUUCAAUCUGGCGAUGGCCAAUUCCUGCAUGAAUCCGCUGAUAUACGCGUGGAAGAACCGGACGUUCCGGAAGGCCUUUUUGGCCCUGCUCAAGUGCAAGCAUCCCGACAGGAACGGCGACUUCGUCACCAAUCACGUGCCGAGCAAGAGGAACUCCUUCAGUAUUUUCAACGUCCAUUGCCAGAGGGAGGAAUUGACCACCGGCACCGAAUUGUCGUGCGCUCACGACGAUGCCGUCGAACAUAUCGCGCACAAGAUCGCGGACGAAUCGUGAAACGAGGCGAAAUCGAUUGACGAGGCAGCUUGUGGUUCGGAAUGAAACUGUUAAAGUCGCUGGAUUAUUUUUUCGAGUACGGUUGUUGAUAAUUCCGACGCCUACUUAGUAAAAAACUAUAUGUCAUAUGUCAAACUUAGUGGUAUUCGAAAUGUCUGGCGAUUUUAAUACAAUUUCCGGCAAAAGUGACUCUAAUUGCGGACCUAUAAUGUGAUAUGUUGACAUUUUUAUAAUUUAUUUUGUGAUAUUAUAUUAAUUUAUAAAAAUUGUAAAAAUC